AUGGGCAAGUCCAGCCAGUACAAGGGAGUUACUCUCUUCCGCCCCACGAACAAGUGGAGGGCGCAGAUUUCCGUGCUGGGCAAGACGACCUCUCUCGGCGACCACAGCAGCGAGGUCGACGCCGCGCGGACCUUCGACAUGGCCAUGAUCCACCGUCAGGGAGGACCCGGCGCGGCGAAGCUGAACUUCCCGGUCGCGGACUACGAGCCCGUGCUUCCGUUGCUCUCUGAGAAGCUGAGCUGGAACGAGGCAGUCGCAGUGCUGCGCGCUCGGGCCAAGCGCGUGAACCUGUCGCGCCGCGGCAGCAGCGCGCACUCGAACGCCUCGCUCGAGGGAUCUUGCGCCGAGACUCCCACCGUGUCGGGAACGCCCGCCAGCGUCAGCACGGCGGCGGCCGACCAUGUGCAGCCCGACCUUUCGGACGUCGACUCUGCAGACGUUGUUGAGCCUGCGCUCCUGAGCGGCGACGACCUCGACACCCUGCGCGACGGCAAGGGGCGCCUCAUGGUCGACGUCGUGGCCAGCUCCCUGUUCAGCAAGUCGACGACGCGCUCCCCGCUCGGUACCGCGAACAAGAAGAUCGCCGGCAAGCGCCGCUCUCGCCGCGCGCCCUGCCGCGCCCUGGCCAUGGACCCCCUGGCCGUCCUGGAGGCCUUCGCGGCGUGCAGCACCGCCACGCCCCGUGCCAGCGGGCCCUUCGCGCCUCUCGUGUGCCCUGUCGCGUUCCACAGGCAGAUGGCAUGA